UUUGCAAAUAAAAAGUAGAAAGAAAGACCCAAAAAGCAGAGAGAGAAGAAAAAUCUUAGUGUGUGAUGGAAGUGAAGCUGAGCCAGAAAAAUCAUCUCUCUCUUCCUCCUUCCAAUCCAAUAACGACAAAUUUCCUGUCUUUCCCUCACUGUUGCUUCUUGAAAUCCUGGAUUAACAGCAAGUCAGCCUUGAAGAAGCAUUUUAAAGGUCUUGCUGAGAGCUGUAGAUUUCAUAUCUUGGAGAUUUCAAAGCCAAGGGGUCAAAGCUCCAACAAGCACCACUUGCUUCCUGUGGUCAAAGAUUUUGGUGGCAGGGAUGAAACACUGAAUUCAAUUUCAAGGCUUUAUGGUGUGUCUAUUCCUUCACUUGCAGCUGCUAAUGAAAAUGUAUUGGAUGCUGACCUUCUUCUUAAAGGCCAGCUCCAUAGUAUUCCUGCUUUUGCCACAAGAAACAAUCAACUGUAUCAGAUGAAGAAAAGCAGGCUUCCUAGCUUUUACGAUCAAGAAAGACUUAGAGGUUCGCAGAAUAUCUUGGGUGGGGUUUUGAAUAAAAAACCCUUCAUCAUGCUAUCUGCCCUUGGUUCGCCUCAUGCUAAAUCCACUGGUUAUUUUCUAGUUCUGGUUCCUCUUAUUGCAUUUUGCAUCAGAUGCAUAGUUGGUGCUUUUCACACUGGAUUUUUUAGAGAUAUGAGACAAGAGACUUCGGAUAAAUCAAGGAGUCAUGAUGGGAACAGGGGAAUGCGAUGGAAAUAUGCCCUGAGUGACAUUGAGGACCCUAAUCUUGACUCUGAAUCAAGAAUAGAAUCCAAUAGUAUUUCUGAGGAUCAAGAACAAAUUUUAUUUGAAGAUAUGUCUCAUGCCUACAGCAAACUUGAACAUGAUUAUGAAAAAUUUCUAUCAGAAUGUGGAAUGAGCAAAUGGGGAUAUUGGCGGGGAGGCUUUCAUCGAUGAGACUAUGUUCUUCUGAAUGAAUUUGACUUCACAUAUCCCGGACAUCUGCAGGCAUUGAAUGCCUUUGUACAGUGUAAAUUUGGUUUCAUUUUCUUUUCUUCUCUCAUACGUAUAGAAAAGGGGGGUGUGGUUUAAAAUUGUGCUGAGGUUUAGGAUUAUUGUUAUCACUGUUGGGCUUUGUUUCUGUGUGCAUACUUACGGUUUGUAUCUCCAGCAAGUUCUAGUAGGAAGAAGCAUUGUUAGUUCCAAGAACACCAUCAAUAAUCUUCUUUUUCGUUUUCACUGUAAAAUUGUAUGUUAGAGCAAACAAGAAAUCUCUUAUACUUACGAAAUAAGCAGGUCCUCUCAAGAAAUUAAUUAUUCUGUAAGAUGUAGUCAUGGUUAUAUCUGAGCAUGUUGAUAGAACUAGGUCUUCAACGUUAGGGUUGAUGGUAGAUAAUAAUAUGAAGAAAAUGCAAAGAGAUUUCAAGUCUUUCGAGUACGCUAAGCACAGCAUGUGCAGUAGAAUUGCGUGCUUAAAUUAGCUAGGCAAGUGCACCAUCUUCAACUGGAAUGAUAUCUUCAUUUUGAGCAAUAAAUUUAUUGUCAUUUUCCCCUAUGAUUUAUGUUCCCUCCCCAGAAUCCGUAAUUAUGGUUAAAAUGAUGCAUCUUUAAGGAAACAAAUCAUGCAGAACAAAUUCUUGGCAAGACAAAGAUUCAGAUACAGUCAAAAAAUAGCAAUGAACAAAAUCACUCUCUCAACGGACCCGACGUGCUUUCUCUUCCUGUCCUAAGCCAAGAGAUUUCUGUGCAUUUGCAAUGCCUUCUGGAUC